GUGGCGUGCGCGAAUGUCGUCUCGAUUUGGCGCCGUUGGUGACUGAAAUUGAUGUGUGUAUUUUAACGUGUUGUGUGUUUCGUCAUGUUUGUUUGAGCUCUUAAAAAUUUUGCUUGAUAUUAGAAAAAUUAUAUAUAAUUUUUAAAUUUUUUUUAGUGCAUAGGAAAAUUCGUUUAAGCAGACAUGUCGAGCAGCACAUUUGAAGUACGAGAAACUGAAAAUGAAGAGGACAAAGAUCUAGAAUUUGGCAUAGAUACGAGUGAAGAAAGUGAAAUCAUUACUGCAUCAAUUGAUGAAGUUCCUAAAGAUCAUACAUACACUAAAGAACCAGACACUGACGAGGUUGACAUUUUUGAGAGUCAAGUUGAACCAGAUUCCCAGACGGAAGAAUCUAAUGAAGUGACAGACUCGACAGAAUCUAAACAGCAGACAAAUGCAAAAUCAAAAAAAGCCAAAAAGCCACCUUCGAAAAGCAAAAAAGGCAAAGCUAAAAAAGAACAGUCUCCAAAAAAAGAAGCAUCUCCAAAAAAGGGUAAAUUGAAAAAAGGCACUCUUAAUGAAAAAAAUGAUAAAGACAAUGGGGUUGAGGAAAAAUCUGGCGAAAAAGCAAAUGAAGAGGUUGAUGAUCAUCCACGAUCUAAAAGAAAUACUCAAAAAAGGAAAGUAGAAGAGAAAAAAAGUGUUCUUGACACAUCAAUUGUUGAAGACAUAGAAAAUAUUACUGAAGAAUCACAAGUAAAUGAUGAAAAUUCUGGCCCAGCCAAAAAGAAGAAAAAAACUGAUAGCUCAAUCGAAACCGAGAAGGGGAAAAGGUUAAAAAAAGAUGUUUCUGUUGUGAAGGAUACAGAAGACACUUCUAAUUUACCAAAAGGCUGGGUAAAAAAAUGUGUUGUUCGAAAGUCAGGCAAGACAAUGGGUCAAAUAGAUAUUUAUGUUUACAGUCCUGAUGGCAUCAAAUUUCGGUCAAAACCUGAAAUUGCUGCAUAUAUACAACGAACAAAGGCUCCUUUAAAGUUGGAUGACUUUGACUUUGGCAAGAAACGAGUACCCGUUACUACAGACAUGCAAGUAAAACCCCAGCCUAAAAAGAAAAAGCCGGAACCAGUAAAGUCGAAGCCAGUUGCUGAGAAAAAAAAUUCUCCUAAAAGGGAAACCACUCCAAAGAAGCCUGCAAAACUGCUGGUUAAACUUAAUGUUUCAUCUAAAACCAAGAAAGACAAAAGUGGGGUAAAGACUGAAAAACAAUCUAAAAGUAAAUCACCUGGCAAGAAAGCUAAGUCAUCAGUUACAAAAAGCAGUAAGAAAAAAAAAUCUUAAUUUGUUUCAUCUAUUUCAUGAUUUUUUGUACCGAAGUUUCAUUGUGUAAAUAGUAAUGAAAUCAUGCAUCAGUCACGUCUUUUAUUGUUAUUUAAAAUAAGAUUUAUAUAUAUAUUUCUUGCUAAUAAGGCAACAAAAAAACUUUUUUCUGUUUUGAAAUGAAUUGCUUAUGAAUUUUUACUGUAGUUCUUAUCAGAUAGAUUAUUAUAUUUUUUUUAAUGAAAACUAUUUAUUAAUGAAAUGCUUUAAACAUCUGCUUAAUGUUGAACAAAUCACUAAAGAUAUAUUGCAUUCUUAUUUAAAAGAAAGUUUUCUUCCAAUCUGGUAAUCUGACAGUAGAAAAUGCUUUAAAAUAGUUACAGAGAAUACAUGCUGAAUAAUGGACUUAAUGAUAGCUCAAAAUUUUUAAUUUGCCCUCAUCUACUUCAAAUUUGGGUAGUUAAAAUGGUUCAAAUGUAUCAAAUCAAUAAUGAAAUUCAACAUUUGUAAUAUCGGAAUAGUGUUUUAAAGUGUUAAAAUUUUGUAUUUUUAAUUUCAGAGCUUAUCAUGAGUUAAAAUAGCUCCUGAAUUUUCAUCAUCAAAAAAAAAAAAAACUAUAGUUGGCAAGCUGCCAGGUUAGGUUUGCCCCAACUAUAGUUAAUAUUGAUGAUGUUUCAAAUGCAUGAGUAACAAUACAAAGUUUGUAGUUUGAACUUGACAAAGGAAUUUCAUAGAAAAGGGUACUUCCAGCAAAUCAAGGAUAAAGCCAAGCUGUCUUGAUGGAAUGAGAAUGUUGGUGCUCAUAAAGUAAAAAUAUUCUUAAGGUAUGAUUUUUGACCAUAGUAAUAUCUCAUGUGGUUCUUGUGGCAAAAAAAAAGUAUUAAUGUCACAAACUGAUACUAACCCCCCUCCCCCCUAUCAAAAAAAAAAAAAAUGCUGAAAAUUUCAACGCACCACAAAGAAAAAAAUAGACAAUCUGAUCCAAGAUAAACAUUACUGGUUUGAAAUUGAGUGAGAGCUCUUUGAGAAAUUCUUGUUGGAAAAACCGUUAUUUCUUCAGAAAUAUUCACAUUAUAUAAUUUGUUCUCUAGCCUGUUUUCAGUUAGCAGCAUUUUUUUUAUGUAUGCAACUUCCAAGCUAGUAAUUUUGUGUACUUAUUUAUCUUUCCUUAACUCUCCUAUAAGCAUUGAGUACAUAUAAUUAUGAAGUAAUUUUGAAAUUUUUUUUUAUUGAAGUGUCAUGACAUGAUUGCUUCAGACAAAAAUAAUUUGAUGGGACAAAAUAAUGUAAUAAUGAAUUGGCUUUAAAUAUAAUCAGUAAUUAAGUGCUACUUUAAGAAAUAAGCUAGAUAGUGAUUCAAUCAGCUGCAAUAUCUAAUAGCAGAAAGAAAUGUCCCCCCAUUUGAAUGUUUUCUGGCCGUUCGUUCUAAUGCAUUGCAAAUCAAUCGACUAACCUAGUUUGAUGAUCUAUUAUAAUUAUAUAUGCUUUUUUUUUUUUGAGUGGAAAUAUAUAUUCUUGCAUUUCCUGAUCAAAAUGUUUUCUGAAUUUGAGCCAAAAAAAAAAAAAAAAAAAAAUAUUUUAUUUAUACUUGUUCAUUUUUGCAAUAGAUGUAAUCCCUCUCGAUAGAACACUUAAGAGGCUGACCAGAUAAAGAUGCAAAGAUAAUAGAGUGGUAAAAAUUUAAUAAAUACCUUUGUGCUUGAAAAAGUAAAAUAAAAAAUAAAAGUGUUUAAUAGCAAAAUUGCAUAUUACUACUGACACAUGUUUCGGCGUUGCAAGAAGCACCUUUUUCAGUGCAAAAGAAAUAAGCUUGGUUUUAAAUAACAUAUGUUAGUUGAGGCUUUCUGGUUUGUACUUUAUGCUUUGCUGUAGUAAUGUAGUAAAAUCAAAACUAAAGCCAAUUUUUAUUACCAUGGUCAUAAAAGGAAUGUGCAAAACACAUUCCCAAGUUUCUUCUUUAAAAUUACUCAUUCCAACCGAAGAAUAGCAGUUGUGCAACAUAUGAGCUUUUUUCUUCAUCAGCUUGUAUUCCAUCAUUCUCCCAAAAGAAAACAAAAGAAUUUCACUAAGCAAGUGCAAAUAUGCUUCUCGCUGAAGAAUGCUUCGCUGUUUUAACCAACUUUUUAAAACUUAGAAUAAUUAGUAAAAAAAAUUUGAAAUGUAUUUUCAGAAAAUGUGAUUAUGUAUUGAACAUAAUGCUUUAGAGUGAUGCUUGUUGAAAUGGAAAUAAAAAAUAAACUGAUAGUUAUAACGAACUAUUUUAUAUAUGCAUGACUGAAAUAGUACAAUGACAUAUAGCGCUACUAUAGUAUAUUACAUGUUGCAUUUUAAAAAAUUCACAAUUCAUCUGAGGUGAUGGCACUCAUACAUCAGGACUUAAGAUGCUAUUUAUUGUUAGAUUUUUAAAUGUUUAAUUGUUAAGAUUUUAAUGUUGAAGUGUUGACUGGUGCAAAAUAUAGUUUUUCAUCUUGAAAAAUCAUUAUUGGAUUUUCUUUUCUUUGGAUUUGUUUGCUGAAGUUGAUGUUUUUUUUCCCCUCCUAAAAAACAAACACUUGCACCAAAAUGUCUGCCCCUGUCUAUUGCUGUAGCAACAAGGCAUGUCUCAUUUUUUCAAGGGAAGCUUAAUGUUAGAAAAAAACAUAUGACUGCUCAAUGAUAAGAAAACAAAUGGUCAAAUGCCGGCAAAAAAAAAAAAAAAAAAGGAAGAAAAAAACUCCUGCUGACCCUUGAAGAAAAUGAACUAAGUUUGUUUCUAUGGCGAUAUGAUAGGCUCAGACUUAACGGUGAGAGCUUUUCUCGUGAAGGACAGACAGUAUUUAAAUUAAUAAGCAAAUUUUUCACAUUAUCAAAAUACAAAAUGUUUGUAAAAGGUUUACAUUUUUGAUGAUUGUGUAAAUAUUUGAACAGAUUAUUAAGCUACACUAAUAGGGUGGUGCCUAUUUAUAUUUUUAUUCUUUGUAGGUUUAGCCAUCUUAAAUUUUUUCUGAAUUGUAGACUUUGUUAACUGUUUGAAAACAUCACUACUAUUAAAAUGCAUUUAAAUAUUGUUUAACUAUGCUGCUGUUUAGCCUAGGGUUUUUUUUCUCCUGUAAAUGAUUAAAAUAAGUGAUUAAGAGCUGUGAAUAAAUUAUCCCCCCCCCCCCCAAUGUAUUUGAUCAUAUUUUCCCCCUUUGUCAAAGUGCCACAUUUUUUGUUAUACCUUCCCUUAGUCACAUAGUCACAAUAAUUUCCCAAAACCCAUACCCUCAAAGUUUAAAAGUUUUAACAUUUAUAGAUGACCCCUAAGAUCACGUUUUCAUAAUUGAAAAAUAAGCACCACUCCAAUGCAUAUGUAUUUUAUAAUUAAAUGUUCAUACAGUGAAGAUUUUUAUAAUUCUCCAGUAUAUAUUUUUUUAAUUUUUGCUUAAAUGAAUUAUUUAUCCUAAGUUUUGCAAUUUUUUUAAUGGAAAAUUCAUUGUCUCAUACAUCCAUAUUUCUCUUGCCAUUGUCUAACACUUCUAAUCAAGGUAUAAUUAUUCAACAUUGAGAAAGGAAGGCUGCAAUUCUUAUCGAUGCAAUAUCUAUGCGAUGCAAUAUAUGACAUGAGCAAAACAAAACACCUUUCUCAAAUUGAUAUAAAAAGUGCUGUUAGCAUUAUUUAUAAGUUUAGGGAAUUAAGUUAAUUUUUAUUUCAUAGGUUCUGCUGUAUUUGUAUAUGCAGUCGCAUAGCCUAGUAUUGAAUAUUGUGAUCUUUCUAUUGUAUUCGGUAUCUUUCAUAAGAUAUUUCAAACAGCAUUCUUUGCUUAUUGUUUUUUUUUUUUUUUUUUGCAUUUGACCAAGUCAAUAGUUUUCUCUUGCUUUAUUAAAGCAUUCUUUAAAAAAUGGUCAGGUGAUUUUAUAGCAAUACAUAAUGGAAGUUUCUACACAAUUACAACAGAGCGUUGUUACUUUUAUCCUCUCUUGAUCAGACUUAGGUUUAUCUGCUCGAAGAGAGAAAAAAAAAAAUUACUUAACAAUUUUUACACAUGUCUUUUUUUUUUUCAUAUAAACAUUUUUACAUUAAAUUGUAUUGUGAGUGGUUAUAGUUGUGUAUGUCAGUUAUGUUUUAAGUCUUGUCAUUUGUUUUUUCCUCAAUAAUUGUGUUCUUCGAAGUUAAAAUGAAAUGUAUAAUAAAUUUGUGAGUAGGUGCUUUAUCAGUACAAUGUCAUUUGCUGCAAUUUGAUAAACAGCAUUUUAGCCUCAAAUAAUAAAAAUGAAAAAAUAAAUUACUUUUCAUGUGGUUAUUUUUCAGUCUAUAUUAAUUUUUGAAGUAUUUAUGUAUCUCUUCUUUAUUCAUAUUUUUCAUGUGUAUUUUUUUUUUUCAGAUUUUCAUUUAAUAAACUAA